UUGGCCUCUUCUCUUAUAAUGCUUUCCUCCCUCACGUUUAUUUUGGCUUUGCUCUCUGCUAUCUAGUCUCUACCACCCCCCCAAUUCUGCUUUAUUACGACCGAUUUGAGUUUUCAGCAGGAUUUGAAGCCAUACACAGUCACGAACUUGGAUCUUUUUCUAGGCUCUUCGUCCACUCUCUCUCUCUCUACCCAGCCGCUCGCUCUCCACCGAAACACUUCUGUCUGUCUGCCUCUCUCUCUCUCUCGCUUCCCCAUUGGGCAGUCGACAUGGGUUGCUUCCCGAAUGGUUAUGUGUAUCCUGUUCUGUUUUAGUUUUGGUUUGAUCGAAUCGGUGAUUGACAUGGAAUCCAGAUUCUAAUUUAAAAAGUUGGAUCUUUUUCUUCCUAGCUCGUUUCUCAUCAACUUUAAUCUGUUUUCUUUUAUCUUCUAUUUUGCUUUUUCUUUUUGUUUGUCAAUCCAUAUCUCAUCUAUUUCCCGAGAGAGCGGGCGGCUGGCAGCAGCAGGCUUUCCUCCUUUCAAUUUUCGGCUUUAAAUCCAGCAGCAUCGAGCAAGGGAAACCUUGUUUCUCUAGUUCGUACGUAUCAGAGUUUGUAUUAUUGGUGCAACCGACAUGGCAAACGUCAACAGCCGUAGCACAUCGAAACAGGGAUGUGGUGAGACUCAGGACAAGGGCAAGAAUCCGGUUAGCUUAGAGGGGCGCCAAUGGAUGCCGGUUUUUGAGGGGGCGUCCAUUUCACCCAGGCCUCUCAAGAAGAUUCGAAGCCCUGAACGUCAGAAUCCUUGUAAUUCUUCUGUUUCAAUCACAGAUCAAGCAACCCACGUCUCACUUUUUUCUUCUCCUUCUAUUAGUACAGUUACUACAACAGAUACGGUGAUUACUCAACCUUCUUCCAGGAUUGUAUUCCCUUUUGCCUUUGAUGGAUCUCAGCAUACAGAGAUGACCAACCAUUUCGGAACAACACCAUUUACUCUGUUCCAUCAACCCCACCCACAGCACCAGCAGAUGAUUUCAUUCAUUCCCCAGAACCAUGGGAUGGGUUACUACCCGCCGUUCUUCAUCGGAGAAGGGCAGUCGACAGAGCAACAGCAACAGCUUCUCCGGUAUUGGAGUGACGCGCUCAAUCUCAGCCCUCGGGGCCGGACGAUGAUGAUGAACAGAUUGGGACAGCAUGGUAGGAGCUUGUUCAGACCUCCAGCUCCUCCAGGAUCCACCACCAAGCUCUACAGAGGAGUAAGGCAACGCCAUUGGGGUAAAUGGGUAGCCGAGAUUCGUCUCCCUCGCAACAGGACUCGCCUUUGGCUCGGCACCUUUGACACAGCAGAAGAUGCCGCCUUGGCCUACGACCGCGAGGCCUAUAAAUUGAGAGGGGAUCAUGCUCGCCUCAACUUCCCCGAACUCUUUCUUGGCAGGGACGGUGCUGCGACUGCUCCAAGUUCAUCAUGUUCAUCACCCCCAACUCCCAAUGCAAAUCCUCACCAACCCCGCCAGCAGCAACCGUUGCCGCCUCAGCCUCAUUCGGAGUCUCAGCAUGUGGAGACUGCGCCCAUGCCUCCCAACAAUCCAAGCGAUGAUGGCCCAGAGAAGCCCAAUUUUCAGGGCAACUCUCCUGCCGGAAUGGGAUUGGGAUCGAGUGGACUAACGGAUGCUCAGGCUCUGACACCAUCAGCUUCCGUAACUGGGGAAGGGAUUUCUGCAUCUUCGGAGUUGGUAUGGGGAGACAUGCAAGAGGCCUGGUUCAAUGCCAUACCAGCUGGCUGGGGUCCAGGUAGCCCUGUUUGGGACGAUAUCGACACCAUAAAUAAUCUACUUCUACAGUCCCAUCUUGCUAUGCCCACCUCUAGUCAGCAGGAACUUCAAGCCACUGACUUUCAAAAUCAACCCGACAGCCCAACUCCUUCUCCCUCUUAGUCUUGUCCCUUUGGCCAUUUGGAUGCAGAUUGGAACCUGCCUCUUGUUGGCUCAUCCCUCCAGACUCGAUCCAGUCAUCAAUUCUCUUCCUUCUCCAUCCCCAGUUAGGCGUUAGCAUUUAGAAACAAAUUAGAACAUCCUUCGAGUUCUCUCACAGGUUGCAGAUUUUUUAACAAGGACAGCCCGUGAUUUCUUAGGAAUUCUGUUAGUUUUUCUUAUUAGAAACCCAGUUCAUGCUUCUUCUUCUUCUUCUUCUCGCUUUCCCUCUCUUGUCGAUGCCAAUACACCCCCCCCCCCUCCUCUUCAACAUUCAAGUAUUCUAUAGAUUUUCAGGUUCUGCCACUGCUGAACAAAGGCUGUGCAUUUUUUUAUUGGGCCUUACAGCAAUGGCGGGUCUUAAAUUCCAACAAGUUCGAUCUCCUGUCUUUCCCUUUCUCUGUCUUUCUUUUCCUUCUGUUUUCUUUAUUAUUUUUAAUCUUCACAUUUCAGGAUUCCGGCGAAGUAGUAGUUAAAGUAGUUAUAGCCUUAUAGGCCCCAUAUCAGUGGUUGUUUCUCUGUUUUGGAUCUUUUGGUUGUUGUUACAGUAACGAAGCACAUGUAUUUGAGUUGAGAUGCUACUGCGUGGGACCUAGGAGGAGGCUGAGACGGUUUUGUGAUCUCGCUCUCCCACGCUUCUGUCCAUUCCAUCACCAGCCUUGCUUCUGUUCUUCCACUACUGCACAGCAUAGAUGAUUUGUACAAUGUGGGGUUUUCAUCAGGUAGCAUGUUCGUACUUUUGUAGAAAUAAAAUUGAAGCUUUCUCUCUCUCUCUCUCUCUCUGAUUAUUUUAUCAAGAUGAAAUUAUCAGUUAGCAGAAGGGCUUAUUGUUGUUGUUGUCA